AUGAACAAGGAGAAGAAGAUGAAGAUGAAGAAAAAGAAGAAAGAGAACAAGAUGAAGAAACCUCACCACCACACCCCACCCCAGACCUCACCACCACCACCACACCCCAUCCUAGACCUCACCACCACCACACCCCAUCCCAGACCUCACCACUGCACCCCAUCCCAGACCUCACCACCACCACAUCCCAUCCCAGACCUCACCACCACCACACCCCAUCCCAGACCUCACCACUGCACCCCAUCCCAGACCUCACCACCACCACAUCCCAUCCCAGACCUCACCACCACCACACCCCAUCCCAGACCUCACCACUGCACCCCAUCCCAGACCUCACCACCACCACACCCAUCCCAGACCUCACCACCACCACACCCAUCCCAGACCUCACCACCACCACACCCCAUCCCAGACCUCACCACCACCACAACACCCCAUCCCAGACCUCACCACCACCACACCCCAUCCCAGACCUCACCACCACACCCAUCCCAGACCUCACCACCACCACACCCCAUCCCAGACCUCACCACCACCACACCCCAUCCCAGACCUCACCACUGCACCCCAUCUGAGACCUCACCACCACCACCACACCCCACACCUCACCACUGCACCCCAUCCCAGACCUCACCACCACCACACCCCAUCCCAGACCUCACCACCACCACAUCACCCCAUCCCAGACCUCACCACCACACCCAUCCCAGACCUUACCACCACCACACCCAUCCCAGACCUCACCACUGCACCCCAUCCCAGAACUCACCACCACCCCAUCCCAGACCUCACCACCACCACAUCCUAUCCCAGACCUCACCACCACCACCACACCCCAUCCCAGACCUCACCACACCCAUCCCAGACCUCACCACCACCACGCCCAUUCCAGACCUCACCACACCCCAUCCCAUACCUCACCACCACCACCACAUCCCAUCCCAUCCCUCACCACCACCACACCCCAUCCCAGACCUCACCACCACCACGCCCAUUCCAGACCUCACCACACCCCAUCCCAGACCUCACCAUCACCACCACCACCACAUCCCAUCCCUCACCACCACCACACCCAUCCCAGACCUCACCACCACCACACCCCAUCCCAGACCUUACCACCACCACCUUUCCAUACCAGACCUCACCACCACCACAUCCCAUCCCAGACCUCACCACCACCACCACCACCACACCCCAUCCCACACCUCACCACCACCACACCCCAUCCUAGACCUCACCACACCCAUCCCAGACCUCACCACACCCAUCCCAGACCUCACCACCACCACAUCCCAUCCCAGACCUCACCACCACCACACCCCACCCCAGACCUCACCACCACAACACCCCAUCCCAGACCUCAACACCACCACACCCCAUCCCAGACCUCGCCACCACCACACCCCAUCCCAGACCUCACCACCACCACGCCCAUUCCAGACCUCACCACACCCCAUCCCAGACCUCACCAUCACCACCACCACCGCAUCCCAUCCCUCACCACCACCACACCCAUCCCAGACCUCGCCACCACCACACCCCAUCCCAGACCUUACCACCACCACCUUUCCAUCCCAAACCUCACCACCACAUCCCAUCCCAGACCUCACCACCACCACCACACCCCAUCCUAGACCCCACCACCGCACCCCAUCCCAGACCUCACCACCCCCACGGUGA